AUGAGGCGCUGGGCUGUCCUCCUCACUGGGGCGCUGGCCACCCUCCUGGAUGUGGGGUCUGGGAUGCCUCUGGCCAGGCAGGGCUCCCGGAGCAAGCUGCUUCUCAUAUCCUUUGAUGGCUUUCGCUGGGACUAUGACCAGGACGUCAACACCCCCCACCUGGAUGCCAUGGCCCAAGAUGGGGUGAAGGCACAUUACAUGACCCCGGCCUUUGUCACCCUGACCAGCCCGUGCCACUUCACCCUGGUCACUGGCAAGCACAUCGAGAACCACGGCGUGGUGCACAACAUGUACUACAACACCAGCAGCAAGGUGAAACUGCCCUACCACCCCACGCUCACUAUUCAUCAUUGGUGGGACAAUGGCAGCCUGCCCAUCUGGAUCACCGCCCAGAGGCAGGGCCUGAAGACGGGGUCCUUCUUCUACCCUGGAGGAAACGUCACCUACCAGGGCACGGUGGUGACACUGAGCCGCAUUGAGAGCGUCUUGCACAACUACAAGAAUGAGACAGAGUGGAGGGCCAACAUCGACACGGUGAUGCGCUGGUUCACGGAGGAGGGCCUGGACCUGGUCACACUCUACUUUGGGGAGCCAGACUCCACUGGCCACAAGUUUGGGCCUGAGUCUCCAGAGCGCAAGGCCAUGGUGGAGCAGGUAGACAGGACAGUGGGCUACCUGCGUGAGCAAAUCCGGGCCAGUGGCCUGGAGCAGGACCUCAACCUCAUCAUCACAUCCGACCAUGGCAUGAGCACCGUGCAGAAGAAGGCAGGCGACCUGAUAGAGUUCCACAAGUUCCCCAACUUCACCUUCAAGGACAUUGAGUUUGAGCUGCUGGACUAUGGCCCCAGCGGCCUGCUGCUCCCCAAGGAGGGCCGGCUGGAGCACGUGUAUCAAGUGCUCCAGAGUGCCCACCCCCGCCUCCAUGUCUUCAAGAAGGAGGACUUCCCCAAGUCCCUGCACUACGCUGGCCACCUGCGGAUCACCCCUCUGCUCAUGUACAGUGACCCUGGCUAUGUCAUCCACGGGAGACUGAAUGUGCAGUUCAACAAUGGGGAACAUGGCUUCCACAAGGAUGCCAUAGACAUGAAGACCAUAUUCCGAGCAGUGGGCCCUGACUUUCGCCAGGGCCUGGAGGUGGCGCCCUUUGACAGCGUGCACGUAUAUGAGCUCAUGUGCAAGCUGCUGGGCAUCGUGCCUGAACCCAAUGAUGGACAGCUCAACACGCUGCUGCCCAUGCUGCGCUCCGGCCCGGAGCCCUCCAGCACUGCCCUGCUGUCGAGUGUCCGCCUGCUCGUGGUGACUGGACUGCUGGCAGCUGUGACUGUCCCAGCCUGGGCAGUAUAG